AUGGAGGAGGUUAAUCGGGUUAUUUCCGAUGCCAUCAAAACACAUCAUUCAAUCCGAAUACUUGGGGAUUUGCCUACGGAACGGCUGGAUUGCGAAGACUACCUGGCUUCGACACGAAGGAUUAUCAGCAACUUGAUUACUUUCUGGGAAAACAGGGCGGAGUUACGGCUCCUCGCCGUGGAAGUUUGGCCACGGCACUGCUACUUCGCUCUCGACUUCAACAACGACGAGUACGACUAUCAAACCGCUCAUGCGCAAGUGAUUGUCAUGCCUGUUUAUCUGCUCCGGUUGUCCAGGAGAAGCGGUGCCUGGAGAAUAUUUAGGCAUAAGCCUGGUGACACACAACUGGCCAAGAGAAUUGCAGACCUCCAUGAGGGCAACGGGCAAAACCCGAUUCCAUUCCUCGAGGACCACAUCAAGGGCGUGACGCACUAUUCCCCUCGGAACCGUCAACAACCCAACGAUGCCCUUGAGUGA